AUGCUCUCUAGUGAUGACAAGUUUGGUGGGAAUCUUGUUAGUAUUUCUAGAGCUCUCAAAUUCCAGGAGUGCUUAAAUAGUUGCGGCUUGAUUGAUCUGGGAUUCUCAGGACCGAAAUUUACUUGGUCAAACCACCACCCUCUUUCUCAGCUCAUACAAGGAAGAAUUGAUAGGGCAUUUGCAAAAGCUGAUUGGAAUGUCCUAGAUCCGGAAGCAUGUGUCAAGCAUCUGGAGAGGGCUCAUUCUGAUCAUUGCCCAAUCAUUCUAUCACUGAGAAACUAUAUAGGGUAUCAAUUGCUGAGACCAUUCAGAUUCCAACCGAUGUGGCUUUCUCAUCCCACCUUCCAUGAAGUAGUCAAAGAUGCUUGGUCGAAUCAUACCACCUUGCCCAAUGCUAUUACUUCUUUUACUUCUAAAGCUCAAGUCUGGAAUAAAAAUCAGUUUGGCAACAUUUUUCAUAAAAAGAAGAGAAUUUGUGCCAGACUGCGUGGCAUCCAAAUUGCGCUUGGAAAUGGCCCAAAUGAGUUUUUGAUUGAGUUAGAGAGAUCCCUACGGUCUGAUCUUGCUGAAAUCUCUAAGCUAGAGGCCGAUUUUUGGAGUAUGAAAGCCCAUAUCUCUUGGGUGGUUGAGGGAGAUGAGAACUCAACUUUCUUCCACACUUCAGCCCUUAUGCGCAGGAGAAGAAACCGUAUAGUCAACAUGAAAGAUAGAAUGGGAAAUUGGCUUAAUAAUGAGCAGGAUAUUGCAAACUUCAUCAGAAGGGGUUUUCUAGAGCUUUUCAUAACUUCCCACCACAACUUCUCUUUAGAAGAGUGGCACCCCCCCUUUUUGGCAAUGUGA